AUGAGUUAUGUCUCUCGUCUAUUCCCGCCAUACUAUAAGUACGCCGUAUUUCUAUUCGUUGGAUUCCAAUUUCUUUACUGUGCCUUUGUUCUCGCUAUCAGCGAAGCCUACUACAAAUCCGCUGCAUUAAUCCUGCCAAUAGCAUAUCGAAUGUUCGAUGAUACUGUUAAAAAGAAUGUACCGGGAUUUGACUGGACGCCUGCGGAGCAGUCCCAACUCGAGAUGUACAAAUACAAGAUGAUGGUUUUGUGGGUGGUAUCGACAAUUGGUGUCUUGCUGUGCAUGAUCAUCAUCAUUCCUCAAUUCUUUGAUUUCAACGACAGGAGAGGGAAUCCGAGUCAUCUGGUUGGGUUGCCUUUCAAGAGUUUGUUUUCACAACUUGUUUUAAGUACUUAUCACCUUCCAAACUAAUA